AUGGGCUUCUUCUCCGCCGCCUGCGCGAACUUCGGUCUGGUCAUUAACACGCAGAAGACGGUGGUGAUACACCAACCGCCACCCAACUCAGCCACAGUCCCCAACGCGCAGCCGCAAAUUAGCGUUAACGGAACCCAACUGCAAGUGGUGGAGAACUUCCCGUACCUGGGCAGUACUCUCUCUCGCAACACCAAGAUCGACGACGAAGUCGCCAACAGGAUCUCGAAAGCCAGCCAAGCCUUCGGCCGCCUCCAAAGCACCGUUUGGAAUCGUCAUGGUCUUCAACUAAGCACGAAGCUGAAGAUGUACAAGGCCGUCAUUCUGCCGACGCUACUGAAUGGAGAGGAGACCUGGACGGUGUACGCAAAGCAGGCACGCCGUCUGAAUCACUUCCACCUCAGCUGUCUCCGUCGCAUCCUGCGGCUAAAUUGGCAGGACCGGAUUCCCGAAACUGAUGUGCUUGAACGGAUGGGCAUCCUCAGUAUCUACACCAUACUGAGGCAACUGCAGCUGCGCUGGAGCGGCCACCUGGUGCGCAUGGACGACCAGCGACUACCCAAACGACUUUUCUACGGAGACGUCGCGAAGGGUUCUCGCCGUCAAGGAGGCCAAAUUCGCCGAUAUAAGGAUACCCUGAAGUCAUCCCUGAAACGUCUCCAAAUCAACCCGACCAACUGGGAAGAGAUCGCGAACGAUCGACCGACCUGGAGGUGGGCAGUGAAGAUAGGUGCUGCGAUCUACGAAGCCAACCGCAUCGCCGCCGCCAAAGUGAAACGCGAAGCCCGCAAAUCACAAGUUCGACCAGUACGCAACGCCGCCGCGCAACCGGUACCUACGUGUCCUCGGUGUCAACGCACAUUCCGGGCUCGAAUUGGACUUGUCGGACAUCUUCGGAUCAACUGCGCCUCUCGGACUGCACCAACCAUCGUCCCCCCGCCCGCCUCUUCCUCGUCCUCUCUGCCGCCGCCCAAUAACUCUGACAGUUCUUCUGUACCGCCACUUACUUCUUAUUCUUCUUCUUCUUCUUCUUCUUCUUUUUCUUCCACUGCUUCUUCUUCUUCUUCCUCCACUGCCCUCACGACGGCCGUCCAGGCGGCCGUCUCGCACUUCACCAACCCUGACACAACUACCGACACCACCCCCACUGCCUCAGACUCCAGCGAUGAGGAUCAGGAGUACACCUGCCCUCACUGCGACCGCACCUUCACCUCACGCAUCGGCCUGGUCGGUCACUUGCGAAUCCAUCGCACAGAGACUGGCGAAUCUGUGCCUGGAGCACCAACCUAUACUCACAACUCUCGCCUCAACUGCCCACAUUGUCCCCGCACUUUCAAUCAUCGCAUGAGCCUAUUCGGACACAUGCGCAUCCACAAGUGCGUAAUUGGCCGCAAUCCCGACACUCCCACCGCAUCCAACACAUCCAUGGCGCCCAGCUCAACACUUGCUCCAUCGUCCGGUGCACCCAUCAUCGCUACCACUCCCACCACCACCGACUCCGCUGUCGAUGACACUGCCACCGACGACUUCUCAUGUCCACACUGUCCACGCAUAUUCACCUCACGCAUCGGCCUGGUCGGUCACUUGCGAAUCCAUCGCACAGACACUGGCGAACCAGUUCCUGGAGCACCAACCUAUAGCCACCAGGUUCGCCUCAACUAUCCACACUGUCCCCGCACUUUCAGACAUCGCAUGGGCCUGUUCGGCCACAUGCGCAUCCACGAUGACCUGCGGUAG